CGGCGGCGGCCAUUUUGGCGGCGCCUCCUCUCUCCGGCCUGUUCAGUUAACCACGUGAACCGCCCGCCGCCUCGGGCUCGCUGCGGGGCCAGGGGUAAAGUGGGUGCGGGCACGGCGGCUGCGGAGGCCGCUUGAGGAGGAAGCGCCAGGAGGAGGAGGAGGAGGAGCAACAACAGGCGACGGCUGUGCUGCUGCUGGUAGCCGCGGCGGCCUGGCGGGCAGUCCCUCCCGGGAGGUGGCGGCGGCGGAAGCAGCGGCAGCGAUCAAGCCUCGGCAGGAGGAGGGAGCUGGUUCACCGGCCCGGGAGCAGCAAGAAGGGCGGCGGUGGUGGCGGCAGCAGCGGCGGAGACGAUGCCGUCCGUGAGCCUCCCGCCGAAGGAGAACGCGCUGUUCAAGCGCAUCUUGCGAUGUUAUGAACAUAAACAAUACAGAAAUGGUUUGAAAUUUUGCAAGCAAAUUCUUUCCAAUCCAAAGUUUGCAGAACAUGGAGAAACCCUGGCUAUGAAAGGACUAACGCUAAACUGUCUAGGUAAAAAAGAAGAGGCAUAUGAAUUGGUGCGAAGGGGCCUACGAAAUGACUUGAAGAGUCAUGUCUGUUGGCAUGUCUAUGGCCUCCUCCAGCGAUCAGACAAGAAAUAUGAUGAAGCCAUCAAAUGUUAUAGAAAUGCACUGAAAUGGGAUAAGGACAAUCUCCAAAUUUUGAGGGACCUCUCUCUGCUACAAAUUCAAAUGAGGGAUCUUGAAGGCUACAGGGAAACUAGGUAUCAGUUACUUCAACUUAGACCUGCACAGAGAGCAUCAUGGAUUGGCUAUGCGAUUGCUUAUCAUCUGCUGGAAGACUAUGAAAUGGCAGCAAAGAUUUUGGAGGAAUUUAGGAAGACUCAACAGACAUCUCCUGAUAAAGUAGACUACGAAUAUAGUGAGCUACUCUUGUAUCAAAAUCAAGUCCUCCGGGAAGCAGGACUAUAUAAGGAAGCUUUGGACCAUCUUAGUACCUAUGAAAAACAAAUCUGUGACAAAUUAGCAGUUGAAGAAACUAAAGGAGAGCUUCUGUUACAACUCUGCAGGCUGGAAGAAGCCACUGAGAUAUAUAGAGGAUUGCAAGAAAGAAAUCCUGAAAACUGGGCUUAUUACAAAGGUUUAGAAAAGGCACUCAAACCAGCCAACAUGUUAGAACGGUUCAAGAUCUACGAAGAAGCCUGGACUAAGUACCCAAGGGGACUCGUUCCAAGAAGACUGCCAUUGAACUUUUUGUCCGGUGAAAAAUUUACGGAAUGUUUGGAUAAAUUUCUGAGGAUGAAUUUCAGCAAAGGAUGCCCACCGGUCUUCAAUACUUUGAGAUCACUAUACAAAGAUAAAGAAAAGGUGGCAAUCAUAGAAGAGCUAGUGGUAGGUUAUGAAACCUCUCUGAAAAGUUGCAGAUUAUUUAACCCAAAUGAUGACGGUAAAGAAGAACCUCCAACGACAUUACUCUGGGUCCAGUACUACUUGGCACAACACUAUGACAAAAUUGGGCAGCCAUCCAUAGCUCUGGAAUAUAUAAAUGCUGCAAUAGAAAGCACACCCACCUUGAUAGAACUCUUCCUUGUGAAAGCUAAAAUCUAUAAGCAUGCUGGAAACAUAAAAGAAGCUGCAAGAUGGAUGGAUGAGGCUCAAGCUCUGGACACAGCGGACAGGUUUAUUAACUCCAAAUGUGCAAAGUACAUGUUGAAAGCCAACUUGAUAAAAGAAGCAGAAGAAAUGUGUUCCAAAUUUACAAGGGAAGGGACUUCAGCAGUGGAAAACUUGAAUGAAAUGCAGUGCAUGUGGUUCCAGACAGAAUGCGCCCAAGCUUAUAAAGCAAUGAAUAAAUUUGGAGAAGCACUUAAAAAAUGCCACGAAAUUGAGAGACAUUUUGUAGAAAUCACAGAUGACCAAUUUGACUUCCACACAUACUGUAUGAGGAAAAUCACGCUUCGAUCAUAUGUGGACUUGUUGAAGCUAGAAGAUGUACUUCGACAGCACCCAUUUUAUUUUAAGGCAGCAAGAAUUGCCAUAGAAAUAUACUUGAAGCUUCAUGAUAACCCUCUGACAGAUGAGAACAAAGAGCAUGAGGCUGACACAGCAAAUAUGUCAGAUAAGGAGCUAAAGAAGCUACGUAAUAAGCAGAGGAGGGCUCAGAAAAAGGCUCAGUUGGAGGAGGAGAAAAAGAAUGCUGAAAAAGAGAAGCAGCAACGAAACCAGAAAAAGAAGAAAGAUGACGACGAUGAAGAAAUUGGAGGACCAAAGGAAGAGCUUAUUCCUGAGAAACUAGCAAAGGUUGAAGCUCCUUUGGAGGAAGCUAUUAAGUUUUUAACUCCGUUGAAGAACUUGGUGAAGAACAAAAUAGAAACCCAUCUUUUUGCCUUUGAAAUUUACUUCAGGAAAGAAAAAUUCCUCCUUAUGCUGCAGUCUGUGAAGAGAGCAUUUGCUAUUGACCCUAGUCAUCCAUGGCUCCAUGAGUGUAUGAUUCACCUCUUCAGCAGUGUUUCUGAAAGCAAAGAUCUACCAGAAACAGUCAGAACAGUGUUGAAUCAAGAAAUGAAUCGGCUUUUUGGUGCAACUAAUCCAAAGAACUUCAAUGAAACUUUCCUUAAACAAAACUAUGAUUCACUACCACACAGAUUAUCUGCUGCCAAAAUGGUGUAUUAUUUGGAUUCUACUAGCCAGAAAAGAGCUGUGGAGCUGGCAACUUGCCUUGAUGAAUCCCUCACAAACAGAAAUCUUCAGACUUGUAUCGAGGUAUUGGAAGCAUUGAAUGAUGGUAGCCUUGGAGACUGUAAAGAAGCAGCUGAAAUGUACAGAGCAAAUUGUCAUAAGCUUUUCCCUUAUGCUUUGGCUUUUAUGCCCCCUGGAUAUGAAGAUGAUAUGAAGAUCACAAUUAAUGGAGAUAUAUCUGCAGAAACUGAAGAACUGGCCAAUGAAAUAUGAACUUUUUAAAAGGAGUGGAAUGAUUUUGGACCGUAUCUGGUGUAUAAUAUUUUUGUCACGCACCUGCUGAAUUGUUCUAACCUACACAGAAUGGAAGGAGUAAAAAAUGGUUGCCUUCAAAGUUUUACUUUUUUUAUCCUGCUGAUGAGUAUAUAAUAUAAAGUAACGUAUUACUGGAUAUAGGUGGCUCAGUUAAAAGAAAAACUAAGCACUGCUAAAAUUGAAAAGUAUCCUUUAUCUACAUACCCCAUUUUAAACUAAUUUAUAUGGAAUCUGAAGGCUUAACACCCAUUGGAGCAGGUGUGUGGCAGAAAUAUUACUUUAAAUUUGUCUUGUUGAGAUGACUAUCUCAGACAGCAAAAAUGCUGUUUUAGCACUGGAUCCUUUUCACUGAGCACAAAGAGUUGUUGGGGCUUUAACAUCUGACUGAUUUUGAUACAGAGAUGAUUCUACCCUUUGGAAGUAUGCAAUGUGAAUCACUAUUUGCAGACAAACCUGCAAUACAUAUAUAAUGCUGUUGUAGAGACUGGGACUUAAAAUAUGAAGCAAAAUAACGAAACAUAAGGUGUUCAAUUAGCUUGUUGUGUCUCCGAAAUUCACCGCACGUGAUCAGUUUGGUGUUCUUGCACCACAGUUUUUAAAUGAAGGAACCAGUUAGAACAUACUUUGUUUUUAUUAAAAUUUGAAAAGAAAUCAACACUGCUGUUCAGGAGAUGAGCAUGAUGACAGCAUCAUUUGGCUGCACAUGUUAAAACUGUAAUGCAAGAACCAAAUGAAAUUAUGCACUGUGAUGUGGCACCAACUCAUUAAAAAGACAGCAUGUAUUUUUCACGUACAGUGAAAAUAUAAAUGAACAUAACUAUGGCUUGAAAUUUCAAAGAGUGGAAUUCCUGACUACCAAUUUGUGACUGAUUGAGAGACUAAUUGUUUAAAACCUCAGCAGGCCUUGUUCACGUUAUGCAGAAAAAAGUGCUGCAGUUUAGAUACCUCUGGAACUUUUCCACAGUGUCACAGGUUUGUAAUACUUGAAGCCCUACAUUUCUAAGAAUAUAUUUCUUGCUCAGUUGUUUCAGGCAAGCCCAUGACUUUGUAACUUUUAACGGGCCCGAUAUUUUUUUUCAAUAACAGACAAGCUUCUUAUUCCUGCAGUUACAGAUGUAAUUUCCUUUGUCAAACAUAAGGUACCAAAUAUAAUGCAAUAAAAUGUUUUGAAAAA